AUGGUCGACUCCGCCGACGAGCCUCCGCUGUCAGGUCGUCUACACUCACACUCAUGGGCUAAGACUCUGAUUCCUUUCCUCAAGCGCAAUCGCGACCGCCAAUCCUCCAGCGCUCCAAACGACCCCGAAAACCCCCAAUCUACCCUUCAAGAUGCUGGUAACAUUUCCUCGUUCGCAGCUGGCUCUGCUUCCACAGUCAAUGCUGGCAUCCUCCAGGAUACACAACAGCAAGAUGCAUCUGCUGUGGAUAAGGAAAGAGGUGGAACGCAACCUCCCACCCUAGACGAUCCCGGUCCUGAAGCAAAGCCUUCCAUACCCUCUAGAUUCCUACGGGAUGCCAGAAUGAUCAUUGGAUCCAGUUGGAUCAACUGGCUGCUCCUCACUGUUCCGGUCGGCAUCCUGCUUGGCGCAUUGAACGAUUGGGCCGACCUGCACGUCGUGGACCCCAGUGUCGUCUUUGCCGUCAAUGCAGUCGCCAUCGUCCCGCUGGCUUCGUUGCUCGCAUUUGCAACCGAGAGUGUAGCGUCGAAGAUGGGCGAUACCAUCGGCGCUUUGAUGAACGUCACCUUUGGCAACGCCACGGAACUUAUCAUUUUCAUCAUCGCCCUCGCCGACGGUCAGGUCCGUGUCGUCCAGGCCGCCGCUGUAGGCUCUAUCCUCUCAAAUCUACUCAUCAUCUUGGGAAUGAGUUUCCUUCUUGGUGGGUUGCGUUACAGAGAGCAACUUUACAACUCCACGGUAUCCCAGAUGAGUGCCUGCCUCUUGUGCCUCAGUGUCAUCAGUCUGUUGCUGCCCACUGCUUUCCAUGCCUCCUUCAACGAUCCGAACAACGGCACUCGUAUGGUCCUGCAGGUGUCCCGCGGGACCAGUAUCGUGCUCCUUUUGGUAUACGCUUUGUAUUUGGCGUUCUCACUGAAGUCUCACAGCUUCAUGUAUGCUAGCACGCCACAGCACUUGAUUGAUGAGGAGGCUCAGCAUGAAGGUGUGCUCACCCAGAUUCUCAAUUCAUCGUCUUCGAGCGAUAGUUCGAGCACAAGCGAUUCGGAUUCAGACUCCUCUCGGAGUUCUCGCAACACAGCCAUGCGUAUCAAGAGGGCCUUCCGUCGCAAGCGACGUACCUCUAGUCCUAGCUCCAAGGACGGCCAAAGCACUUCCGGUGCCAACAUCCUGCGCACACCUACUGAUGCAACCUUUGCCACUGUGGCCUCUCAGCCAGAGCGGCAGCAGCAGGGUGGUUCGAGCCAUCGAGCAGGCAGCAUCAUCUCCGAAAACGUUCUUAGUGGGGACGAAGCGGACGUUGAUGCAUACCCGAGGAUCGGGCGUCGCCGUUCUACACGCCAGACUAUUGCCCGUGAUUUCGAGAACGGCGCUUCCGAGGUCGUCGAGGAGAAAUCCAGCAAGCGAUCUCGACGUCAUGCACGUCGUUCCAGACGUGCUAAACAUGGCAAGAAAAGCCACCAUCAAGGUGUUCAGGUUGAUGAGAAAACAUCGCCUCGUGAGCACAUACGGCAAGCCACAAGCAACACACUCGAAGUUCCCCAGCUCCAACUACCAGAGCCCAGCAAUGACAUUGUGGCGUCUGACUCGGCCAAGCAGCGGCCUUCUGCCCUCCGCCAUAUCUCGCAUGCAAUGCCUCCAGGUUUCAACGCUGCAGCUGUCUUUCCUCACCACGAGGCUGUCGCCAGACCUUUGGCAAUGCCAGCUGCCCUGAGACCCCUAUCACGCUCUCGUUCCCCAGCUCCUGGGGCCCGCCGACCACUGCAGAGAUCUACUUCGAUGCCUGAUAUGAUUCACCCCACCAUAUCCAAUACUCGCGCUGUCCUCGCAACGCCCAGCUCGACUGGUCAAAAUCCACAUGAGCAGCAACCACAAGACGGCGAAGGAGAAGAACAAGACGAUACCAAGAGUCACUUGUCGGUAACUUCAGCAAUCAUCUUGCUUCUCAUCACCACUGGUUUCGUCGCCAUCUGCGCCGAAUUCCUCGUCGGCAGCAUCGACCAUCUCAUAUCCAGCACAGGCAUCAGCCAGGCUUUCGUUGGUCUGAUCAUCCUACCGCUCGUUGGUAAUGCAGCUGAGCAUGUCACUGCUGUUACUGUGGCGGUCAAGAAUAAGAUGGAUUUGGCUAUUGCCAUUGCUUUAGGCAGCAGUAUCCAAGUUGCCCUCCUCAUCACGCCAUUCAUGGUCGUCCUUGGCUGGAUCAUCAAGCAGGAGAUGUCGUUGUACUUCAGUCUUUUCGAGACAGUCAGCUUGUUUGCCAGCGCCCUCAUUGUGGGUUUCUUGCUGAUUGACGGCCGAAGCAACUACUUGGAAGGAGCGCUCCUGAUUGCUGCCUAUGUCAUCAUUGCUCUUGCCGCCUUCUAUUAUCCAAACUGCGGCCUCAGCACGGUCAGUGGGCUCACAGAUGGAUCGCCUGACAGUUGCACGGUUACUUGA